GGAUGAUGUGGCAUACAUCAGUUUAAUCAUGCAAAAGUGGUCAUAUUUCAUGGUUUUCUUGCACUUUCAGGCCUUACAAUGUCCUAAUAAAUUUCUAGAGGAGGCGAAAAUGGUUCUAGAUGGUAGUUCAGAACUUGCAAACUACCCGGCAAUUAAAGAGAAAAACGUUGGUGCUGUAGAGGAUAAGGAAAGUCUCCAAGCAAGAAGGCCAGCAUUGGGCCGUAAGCGGGCUCGUUUCUUUUUAAAGUCUAAUUUGAUUCAACCUACUGAGAGCUUGGAACCAAGUUUGGACAUUGAACAACUAAAAGACCCGGAGGAAUUCUUCUUGGCCUAUGAACGGCUUGAAAAUGCCAAAAGAGAAUUACAAAAGCAGAUUGGUGGUGUUUCAAUGGAUUUAGAUGAGCAUAAUCCAUCCAAAACUGCACGACAACGUCGACCAGGGAUACUAGGGCGGUCAGUUAGAUACAAGCAUCGCUAUUCAUCAGUAAUUUCUGAAAAUAAUGAGAAUAUUUUAUCUUCUCAAGAGACAUUUGAUUCAGGCAUUGUUAGCCCAACUAAUGACAUCUCACAACGCAAAACUAAUCAUGAUUUAGCAUCAAAGGAGAGGUAUAUAGCUGGUUCAACGGACAAUCCAGAGAACAAGGUUAGUGAAAUCUUAGAUGAAUUGCUAUCUGGCAAUUUUGAAGAUCUGGAAGGGGAUAGAGCAGUCAGUAUUUUACAGAAGCGCUUGCAAAUCAAACCCAUUGAUUUGGAGAAGUUAAACCUUCCAGAAUUGCGAGAUAUCCAAAAGAUUGAUUUGAAAUCUUCAAGACGAAACAUGCUAAGGCCUCGGAAAGCUUUAGCGGACAUUGAUAAUAUGUUAAAAGGGAUUAGCAGUAAAUCACAUGUGAAGCUCAUACCAGAGGCAGAAAGCUCUUUUCAUCAUAUAUCUUCACCCACACCCCCAUCAAGUCUGUCUGCUUCAUUAUCUGUGUUACAGAGGCAAAUUUUGAGUUCAAAGUCAUCAAGUGAUCCAUUUCCGAAUCCUGAUUUUGGCCACUCACCUGCAAAAAAUUUCUCUUCGACUAAAUGCACGUUGAAAGAGUCUGACCUGGAUCAUACAGGAAUGCAGUUGAGCACUUGUGAUGAGUUGAAGUCACCCUUAGUUGAGGAAGAUAACAUUGAUAAUCUGUUAAAAGGGAUUAGCAGUAAAACACUUGUGAAGCUCAUACAGGAGGCAAAAAGCCCUUUUCAUCAUAUAGCUUCACCAACACCCCCAAGAAGUCCUCUUGCUUCAUUAUCUUUGUUACAGAGGCAAAUUUUGCAGUCAAAGCCAUCAAAUGAUCCAUUUUCAAUUCCUGAUUUUGGCCACUCACCAGCAAAAAAUUCUUCCCCGAUUGAAUGCAUGCCGAAGGAGUCUGACCUAGAUCAUACAGGAAUGCAGCUGAGCAAUUGUAAUGAGUUGAAGUCACCCUUAGUUGGGGAAGAUGACACUGCAACUGCUGAGACAGAUUCACAAGACGUGGCUAUUGAAGAUGUUACUUGUACAUCUGAAGCAAUUGUGCAUGAUAAUUCCAGUAAACUUUCUUUUCGUGUUGAUGUUGGCUCAAGUGGAACUCAUGUUGACAUGGAGGACAAUGUUGGAGGCAGUAUGGAUAUUGAAGUAAUAGAUGAGCAAUUAAGUAGGCAUGAUGCUGAUAUAGAUGCUCAGGAAAAUGGAUCCAAUAAAUUGGAGGACAAGGUAGAAGACAUGCCACAGGAACAGGUGGAGGCAGUGGCUUCUCCAGAAUGUAGUGUUAACAUGGUGGACACAACUGAGGAAAAUUCGAACUACAUUCGGACUCCAUUGGAUCAAUCAAAUCCUGCUGUGGUUGAAGACCAUGCAGUGCAUGGACUCUCCCAAUCCCCAGAUAAUGUCCCAGAACAGAGUAUAGAGAAAAUCCAGGAAAGUAUCGAGGUGUCAUUGAAUGAGCAAAUCAAUGCAAAAUCACGUCUGCACAGAGAGCGCAAGAGUAAAGAACGUUCUCACAGGAAAAGCCUUGCAGGAGCUGGUUUAUUGUGGAAAUCUGGGGUAAGACGAAGCACUAGGAUCAGGACAAGACCUUUGGAGUAUUGGAAAGGAGAAAGGUUACUAUAUGGUCGCAUCCACCAGAGUUUGACAACAGUUAUUGGGUUGAAGUAUGUUUCUCCAACAAAGGGUGACGAUGGAAAACCUGCUCUCAGGGUGAAAUCUUACGUCUCGGAUGAAUACAAAGAGCUUGUCGAACUUGCAGCUCUACAUUGAGAUGAUUGAAAUAUGAAGAAAUAUUUGGUGCCCCAUCAAGUUUUCUUAUAUCUUAUGUCUCCUGAUACCCUUUUUAUCUACUUGUCUCGGAUAUGUGGAAAGAAGGCUUGUCUGUAACUAGUUACAGUUCUAACGGUGGUAAAUGGUCAUUUACUUCUUGUUGUGGAUAAUUAGCUUCUAUGCCAAAAAUUUCAUCAGUAUAUGUAAGGUGAUUGAGUUAUUGCAUAUGUUCAUGGUGUUCUUCUUGAUUUUCCCCUCCCCCCAAGAAAAUGUCAUAGGAUUGGACUUAUUUUCAGCAAAUAACUCAUUUGAAGAUUUGGAAUUGAAGAAGUCAUUUGGAUCAGGAAAAAAAGG